CUCUUUUUCAUCCUUCUGUUUACAUUCUUUAUUUUUCUGCUCCUCUGCAUCAUAACCUUUGACACGAAGACUGAGAAGGGCAAACCACCGGAAUUGAAUCAACGAAUACGACCCAUCAUCACAGGACUAAUAGAAAGACAGCAUUGUUUUUGUAGUAUAAAUGACGGAAGGCGUAACUUCGGCCAUGCCAACAAAGGCACAGAAUACUUUGGAAUCAUCUGUUGUUACAGAAGCAAGCACUCCAAGCGUUGCUUCACUGCCGCCAUCCUCCUCCUCUGUUUCAUCUACUCUCGGCAGCAGGCUUAUCACACAGCGAACAACACACGAUAGCCUUACAGAGAACAGUACCAACAAUCCUGGAUGUGAACUGAAGUGGUCACAUUUAGUCCAUGCCGAAAUUAUCUCAGUUACUAGUGCAAUGCGACGAAACUCGCGUUGGUCUGGUAUGAGUGUUAGUGGGCUCAACAUGGGAAGUUUAGGCAUGAAUAUGGGCCUUAGGGGACGCGAAAAUCAAAAAGAUGGCAACUAUCGUGCUAAGGAGAGCCCCCUCAUGGUUGGAUUUAAUGACCUUCGAUCACGUCUCGCUACAACAAUUGCUGUCAAGGACAUGGAUGCAAUUGCAUUACUAGAUCCAUUUCUAGAGGUGAUCCAGUCUGGUGACACGAAUGGACCAAUUACGGGCGCAGCACUUAGCUCUGUCGAAAAGUUCCUAACGUACAAGAUCAUUAACGAAGAAUCACCAAACGUGUCGCAUGCAAUGCAGCGUUUGGCAGUAGCAGCAACGCACUGCAAGUUUGUGGCAAGCGAUUCAGUAUCGGAUGAAAUUGUACUUUUAAAGAUUCUUCAGGUAUUGCGUAUUGCAUUGACUAGCGGUCCUGGCGACUUCCUGAGCGACGAAUCAGUAUGUUCUAUGAUCGAAACAGGGCUCAGUAUGUGCUGCCAAGUGCAACUGAGUGAAAUGCUGCGAAAGUCUGCAGAACACACUAUGACCGUAAUUACAAAAGCCAUGUUUGAAAAGCUUCAGACGGCUAUAGUCGCGGCGGGUGGUAAUAAGAUAGAAUCAGGAAAUGCGGAUGAAAACGAGCCUAUUUUGGUUCAGACUGCCAUGAUUCAGGGAGAUACGCAGCAUGUGAACCUCACCAUUAGCCAUAACCCAUCAACGGUAGAAACCGAAGGCGAGGCGCUACUAUCCGAAAUGGCCAAAGAGAUCGCAAAGAGCAAUGAGGCAAUGAGCAAUGAUCCAAAUUCCAAUGAGAUUGUACCGGAGGCGGCGCCACCAAAGUCGUACGGGCUGCCAUCAAUUCAUGAACUUCUUCGUGUAUUGAUCUCAUUGUUAAAUCCUCAUGACCAGCAGCAUACGGAUCGAAUGCGUCUGAUGGCAUUGAGCAUUCUCGAUGUUGCUCUAGAAGUCGGCGGGCGCAGUAUCACCAAAUUCCCAGCGCUCAUGUCCCUUGUUGCCGAUGACAUGUGCAAAUAUCUUUUCCAGCUGGCUAGGACAGAUAAUAUCCCGAUUUUGACUUUGACGCUUCGAGUUAUUUCAACAGUAUUUGAUACGAUGAGGCCCAGCCUUAAGCUACAGCAGGAGCUCUUCCUUUCAUUUUUAUUGGACCGAUUGAGCCCACCAGCGUCUGCACUCAAACCUCUGCCAUUCAACCCUGAUUUUGGCGAUCCACCUCGUUCUAUCGUCAACACUCCUGAACCAGAAAGCAGUUCACGAGCGGGAUCCCCUAACCCCUCGCUGAAGAGCUCAAAAGGGGAGAGAUUGGACACGACUGUUGCCCAGGGUGAGGUCCGUGAGCUUCUUCUAGAGUGUCUAGGUCAGUUUGCUCGCGCACCUACAUUCAUGGUUGAUCUCUGGGUUAAUUAUGACUGCGGGCUGGACUGCGGUGAUUUAUUUCAGGAUAUGAUUAAGUUCUUGACGAGAAAUUCAUUCCCAGAGUCGACCACCUAUUCGGCAAGUAACUCUCAUAUGCUUUGUAUGGAUUCACUACUACUAUUUAUCAACCAUAUGGUAGAUCGUCUUUCAAUUCCAAAGGAGGAAGCCGAAGCUCUUGAUAGAGAAUAUGAGAGUUUUGACAUACUCUUCAAGCGGCGGCAACAGAAGGAGAUUUUAGUAAAGGGCGCCGCCAAAUUCGAUGAAAGCCCGAAAGCAGGGCUCGCGUACUUGGAAGCUCAUGGAAUGAUUUCAAGCUUGAAUGAUCCUGAAGCUGUGGCCCAUUUCCUUAAGAGCAGUACGCGCUUGAGUAAAAGAUUGCUGGGUGAAUAUCUCGCAAAGCCAGCAAAUUCUGAAGUUUUGAAGGCUUUUAUUCAGCUUUUUGAUUUCCAUGGGAAACGUCUCGAUGAGUCGUUACGCGAACUUCUGGAGACCUUCCGACUACCUGGUGAAGCACAACAGAUCGAGCGCGUCAUGGAGCUUUUUGCGGCAACCUAUUUUGCUACUAAGCCAAAGGAAAUUGCGUCACAGGAUGCUGCGUUUAUCCUUGGGUUUGCUGUGGUUAUGCUAAAUACGGAUCAGCACAAUCGUGGAGUCAAAGGGCGUAUGUCACUUGAGCAGUUUAUCAAGAAUCUGAGGCAAGUCAACGCCGGCGAAGACUUCCCUCCCGAAUAUCUAGCAGAGAUCUAUGAAGCUAUCCGUAAACGUGAGAUUGUGCUGCCUCAAGAGCAUGAAGGCCAACUUGGGUUCAACUAUGCUUGGAAGGAGCUUUUGCGCAGAGCAGAGACUGCAGGACCCCUUGUCAUCUCCAAUACAGCAAUGUACGACAAAGAAUUGUUUAUGUCAUCCUGGAAACCCAUUAUGUCUGCUAUUUCGUACGCAUUUAAUAUGGCUCAAGACGAUGCAACUUUGCAAAAGUCGUUGACAGGAUACUAUCAGUGUGCAACCUUGGCAGCCCACUACAAACUUCCGGAUAUUUUUGACCGCAUAACAAUGUCUUUGGCAAGGAUGACUGGAUUGCUGGACACUCCACAUAACCCCGCCGAUAACCGUGAUGUCGUCGUUGAGGGCACCACAAUAACCGUCUCUAACCUUGCGGUACAAUUUGGCAAGAGCUACAAGGGGCAACUGGCUGCAGUCGUGGCAUUUGGAGUAGCAAACGAGCACGGAAAUAUGAUCCGGAGUGGCUGGAAGCCCAUUCUGGAGAUUAUUAAGAAUCUAUUUGUCAACAACCUUCUUCCAGGAUCGAUGCUGGAAGUGGAAGACUUCUUAGCAGGAACUACCAUGAUUCUUUUAAAGGCCCCAGUUGUUGCAGAAGUAAAAGACAAAGCUCGCCAGGAUAGCUCUCUACUUUCAACCCUCUCCUCAUACCUACUAUCAUCCUCAUAUUCGUAUGAAACAGUCCGCGAGGAACCCACACCGGAGGAGAUCGAGUCAACUCGUUGUACUGCUGAUUGUGUCGCUGCUUGCAGAUUGGAGGAACUCUUUGUAGAUAUUCGACUGCUAGAAGACCUGCCACUGACACAUCUCAUGGAGGCUAUCAAGUUUGUUGCGGAUGGAAAUUCUGUGACAAAAGCGACAAAACCUCCAACUUCCAAGUUGUACAACCCAGCUAAUGUUUUCUUUUUGGAACUUAUGAUCAGCUUAACUGUUCAGAAUCGAUAUCGCGUGCAGGCUUUGUGGCCCAUUGUGUUUGAGCACUUGAGUGACAUUAUCCGUGAGGCUGGUUCUCAGAGUGUAUUGCUUGUAGAGCGUGCUGUUGUAGGUCUGCUUAGGCUGUGUAUUCGCCUCGCUCAUAACGACGACAUGUCCAAGGAGGUGCUCGAUGCUCUGGAUCUAUUACUUGGAUUACCUAUUGAUGUUGUUCCUGAGGUUGCGGAGCAAAUGAUGGCAGGCGUGUUGACCCUUUUGAAAGCUGACACAUCAUGUGUCCGACCCAAUUUGAAUUGGGAUGUUCUCUUCGCACUCUUGUCUUCUACUUCCAACCAUCCAGAGGCUGCCAAGUACUCGUUUGAGGCCAUUAGCAUGUUUGUGGCAGAGAAUGAUGGGAAGAAUGUAAGCGUAGAGAAUUACGCAGAUUGUGUUGACCUUUUAAUCCGCUUUGCUGCGGCGGGUGCAGUUGGUGCAGAGGGUUCUAUGAAACAGGAAAGUGGACAACGCGGAAACAAGAGUCAUCUAUCGAAGGCACAGGCUAGUGCUGUGGACAGGGCCAAGAAGGCAGUGGAGAUGCUGUACAAGCUGCACAGUCAGGCUCCUCGACUUAUCUCUGAAUCAAAGAUGAAUCCAGAGUUGACAUGGUCUGCCUAUUGGUUCCCUAUCUUAGUGGGAUUGACUCAGCAGUGCUCUAAUCCGUGUCGGGAUGUCCGCAAUCAUGCUAUGAUCUACCUUCAGAGGGCACUUUUAUUGCCAGAGAUCGUGACAGACAAAAUCGCCGAAUGGGUGGUGCUCUUUGACAAGGUGCUCUUCAAGCUGUUGGAAGAUCUGUUGAGACCUGAAGUAGUGCAGCAGGACCCGGCUGGUUUCGAAGAGACAAAAAGCAAGGCCUGUUCAAUUGUCUGUAAAACAUUCUUGCAUUAUUACUUCAGACUGCUUGAAUGGGGGGGUCUAAAAGCUCUCUGGAUGAAUGUCUUGGAUUACAUGGAUGCUUUCAUGCAAACAGCGCAAAGUGAACAGCUGUAUGAAGCCGUGCCAGAGUCGCUCAAGAACUGCUUACUAGUCAUGUCGACAUCAGAAGCGUUCACCGAGGCAACUGCCAACAGACCCGACAGUCUGUGGAAUAUGACAUGGGCCCGGAUUAAUAAGUUUCUACCCAACCUAAAGGCAGAGAUCUUUCCUCCUCCAGUCUCUGAAGGAGGAUCAUCUUAUGCUGCUCUAAUGAUGGGCGUAGGCAAGAACCUGUUUUCUGCGGUUACAGCGAGCGACCUACCCGAGUCUUCCUCACCAUCUUCUGUACCUGAAACACAGGUACCAGAAUCGACUCUGGAACCCCCAACAGUAUCCACAGUUACUAGUGUUGGAAAUGUGGCUGCUGGCCUUGAACAAGUCAUGGAUCUGCAGCAAGAGCAAAGGCAAGAACAAGAAGCACAUGUCCGGAGCGUAGAAGAUAGACAUGAAGGAUCAAUAACUAGGGUAGAUGAGGAUGCAUCGAGUUUGUUAUAGAGUGGGACUUGAAUAAAAUAUUUAAAAAAUCGG